ACUCUCCACUCUCCCAGAAGCUCUUAAAUGGCCAACCUGAAAAGGAAAUAAAUAGUACUCCGUCUCUCUCUCUCUCUCUCUCUGUUUCUGUCUUUGUAUCUGUAGAUUCUGUACUCUGAAAAUUCAAGAAAGGGUUGGAAAUCCGACACGAACUAGCCGGAAGUUGAGAGCAUUGAGAAGUCUUUCCGGAGAACUAGGCGGCAAUGUCGAUCCUCCGAUCGAUGUUUCUGCUGUUUGUGCUAUAUCAAGCUACUGUAGUCUCCGCUCGGGGAUCCAAGUCCAAAGGCACCAGCAGUCGGUGGCAGACAUUGAGUGGUAAUGCACCUUUAGUUGUUGCAAGGGGUGGUUUCUCAGGGAUGUUUCCUGAUUCCAGUCUUUAUGCCUACAAUUUUGCACUGCAGACUAGUUUAGCAGAUGUGAUCUUAUGGUGCGAUGUACAGUUGACGAAGGAUGAAGCUGGGAUCUGCUUUCCAACCCUCAAUCUAGAUAACUCUUCUGACAUUUCAAAUCUUUUUCCCAAUCAGAACAAGGUCUAUAAUGUGAAUGGGGUACCUGUGAAAGGAUGGUUUUCUGUGGAUUAUACUCUUAACCAGUUAUCCAAUGUCACCUUGUAUCAAGGAAUUUUUUCUCGAAGUGGUAAGUUUGAUGGGAUUUCCUAUAUACUUACUGCUGAAGAUGUGUUUGGACAAACCCAAGUCCAACCGCCUGGCUUCUGGUUGAAUAUUCAGCAUGAUGCAUUCUUCAAGCAACAUAAUUUGAGCAUGCGAAGCUAUGUGCUUUCGGUAUCCAAACGUGUUAUUGUUAAUUAUAUCUCAUCACCGGAGGUGGGUUUCUUGAGCAGUAUUUCUUCACGAUUUAAAGGAACAACUACGAAACUGGUAUUCCGUUUUCUUGGGAUGGAUGAUGUUGAUCCAUCAACUAACCAGACUUAUGGUUCACUUUUAAGCAAUCUGACAUUUGUCAAGACAUUUGCCUCUGGAAUACUUGUUCCCAAGACUUACAUAUGGCCUGUAAAUACUGGUCUAUAUCUACAAUCUCCAACAUCUGUUGUGUCGGAUGCUCAUAAUGAAGGACUGGAAGUAUUUGCCUCGGACUUUGCAAAUGAUGUAGUUUUUAGCUACAACUACAGCUAUGACCCUGUAGCUGAGUAUCUUUCAUUUAUCGACAACGGUAAUUUCUCAGUUGAUGGUGUGCUGUCAGACUUCCCUAUAACUCCGUCAGAGGCCAUAGAUUGCUUUUCUCAUAUAGGCAAGAAUAGUACUGGACAAGUGUCACCAGUGGUUAUCACGCACAAUGGAGCUAGUGGAGUCUACCCUGGCUGUACUGAUGUUGCUUAUCAACAAGCUGUAGAAGAUGGUGCUGAUGUUAUUGACUGUUCUGUUCAAAUGACAAGUGACGGGAUCCCCAUAUGCUUUAGCUCUAUUGAUCUUAUAGAUGGCACUACAGUUUCUCAAACAGUGUACAACACUCGUUCUGUUAUUAUUCCUGAGCUUCAGAACACUGCUGGGGUUUUUACGUUCAACCUCACGUGGAAAGAGAUUCAAAACUUGCAGCCUGCCAUAUCAAAUCCAUUCGCGAUUAGUUACCAGUUGUACCGAUAUCCAGCUCAUAAAAAUUCUGGAAGUCUUGUCUCAUUGGAUUAUUUUUUAAGCUUUGCAAAAACCAAGCCUCUUUCUGGGGUCUUGGUAAGUGUAGAGAAUGCAGCCUACCUUGCAGAGUAUCAGGGUUUAAACGUAAUUGGUGCAGUUAUGGAUUCCUUGAACAAGUCUGGUCACAAUAACCAGACACUCCAGAAAGUAAUGAUCCAGUCCACCAACAGCUCUGUUCUGAAGGAGUUCAAGAAGAGAACCAGUUAUGAGCUUGUAUACCAGGUUGAUGAGACUAUCCGUGAUGCCCUUAACUUAACCAUCAAAGAUAUCAAGGGAUUUUCCCAUUCUGUGUCGGUCACCAAGCAGACCAUCUUUCCGGUUAAUCAGCAAUUCCUCACUGGUGUUACUGAUGUGGUGAAUAAGUUUCAUUCAUAUAACUUAUCUGUCUAUGCAUAUGUGUUUACUAAUGAGUUUGUAUCUCAAGCAUGGGAUUUCUACUCAGACCCAAUAGUUGAGAUAAAUACAUUUGUAAGCGCAGCUAAUAUUGAUGGACUCAUCACUGACUUCCCAGGGACAGCCGUAUCAUACAGAAAGAACAAAUGUUUAAACCUGGGCAACAACACACCAAAUUACAUGCUCCCUGUUUCACCUGGACCGCCUGAUAAUCUUUUGUCAGCCAUGGCUCCUGGUUCUUUGCCACCAGCUGAGGCUCCGAACCCAAUCCUGACUAAUUCUGAUGUCAUAGAGCCACCUAUGCCUUCUGUUGUAAAGAAACUGCCAACCUCCGGAACACAUGUACCAGCAGCAGCUCCAACUGCAUCUACUCCAAAUGGCCAGCCACGGAGAGCCACCGGUUUCUUCCUAUCAUCUCUUCUUUCUGUGCUUCUCGCAUUUCUCUUCUUCUGAAGUAGGGGCACAGAUCAUCACCUUCCUUUGCAUCUUCUAUUUAGUAUCGUCUCUGGCAAAACUCCAUGCAUUGCUUAUACUGCUUUUGAGACUGGCACACAACCCCAACUAUAUGAACUGUCAAGAUUAUUCCCCUAUCAAUUCUUUGUAGGCUGCAGAUGGUUUGGAAUUUUGGCUGAGUGUUUGCAAUUAUCCAUUUUAUUUCUUCUUUUUUUCGGUUCCAUUAAUGGUCUAGUUCUGUCCACUCUCCCAUAUUCUGAGAACACAUACGAUGCAAGACAUUGUUUCUCAACUGUAGAUUAUUUUUUGUGCUCUGGGAAAAUUUUCUAUUUUUCAGGAUUGUAUUACUGUACAUUCAUUUGUAACUAAAGAUCAUGUGUUGCUUA